UUACAUAAUUCAUCUUUAUAUCAAGAACCUUCCAACUGUGAACUGGCGGGGUCAGCAACUCACCCAUGGCAGGUCUGAAACAUUUCAAAUCUCUGACCGCCUGUCACCAGGGCAAUCAUACUUUUCAACAGCACCUUCGGCCCAGAUGCAAUAGUGAAUCUCAGGUACAGCCCAGAUAUCGCAGCACACAAUUCUCACGGAAGUGACCACAGGCUUCCUUUAAACCAUCACAUCUGAACUAUACUUUGGAGAUAAACUGGGCUCAGCUCCAGGUGACUUCGCGUUCAGUAUUACGUUCUUGACUGUCCCGAGAAAGGAUUGCGAAGCCCGUGUCUUGAUCCAAAUUACAAUGAGACACAAUUAUGCGCAGCGGGACAAGUCGAACAUCAUCAUAUUUUCCCAUGUAAUACAUCCCGGGUCCAAAUGUGAAGGCAAACCCACCCUUUAUAGACUAGUUGCCAACUUGGGGUUUCUGUAGAUCACAAUGAGCACAAUGCAAUAAGUAAAGCAACUGAAAUGGAUUACGGAAGCACUUAUAACGGUUCUGUACUUUGUAUCGCAAAAGCUGGUAUCCCAUGCCCUGUAUUUUGCGAGCUGGAAUUCGCUAUCCUCCUGAUCUAUAUUUUUUUCUGAAGUAGCAGUUUCCUAAGCCUCGGGAGAAGACCGGUCAGAAAUCUAUCUCGUGCUAUCCCUUUCGGAUAGCUACACUUCUGACCAACAAUGGGUUAAAGAUUUUUGGCCAGCGUCACUGAAACAGGCGGAGUCAGAGGGAUGGCACAAUCUACACAAUGAAAGAUGAACUUUGUGUGAACUAAUUUAACUGACCAAGAGAUACAAGUUCCUGAAAAUGAAAGUGCGAAAGUACGGCUACAUCUACAAGACCCAUCUGUUCGGGAAUCCGACGGUGCGGAUCAUGGGAGCCGAGAACGUGAAGCAGAUCCUAUUGGGAGAGCACAAGCUGGUCUCGGUACAAUGGCCCGCCUCGGUGCGGACCAUUCUGGGAGCCGGCUGCUUGUCAAACUUACACCAUUCGGAGCACAAACACAGGAAGAGGGUGAUCUUGAAAGCCUUCUCGCGGGAAGCUCUGCAAAAUUACAUCCCGGUGAUGGGCGAGGAGAUCCGGGCCGGCGUCCGGCGGUGGUUGGACAGCGGCUCCUCUGUGCUGGUCUACCCCGAAAUGAAGCGUCUCAUGUUCGGCAUCGCGAUGCGGAUUCUGCUGGGCUUCGAACCGACACACACCAGCCCGCAAACUCAACGGGAGCUCAUCCAGGUCUUUGAGGAGAUGAUCCGCAAUCUCUUCUCCCUGCCCAUCGACGUGCCGUUCAGCGGCUUAUAUCGGGGACUGAAGGCGAGGAAUGUGAUCCACGCGAAAAUCGAGGAGAACAUCAGGAAAAAGGUGGCGAGACGCGAAUCCACCGGGCAAUUCAAAGAUGCUCUGCAACUUCUGAUUGAGCAGAGUGAGCAACCCCUGCGUUUACAGGAGCUGAAGGAGUCCGCUACCGAAUUGUUAUUUGCAGGACAUGAGACGACCGCCAGUACCGCUACUUCCGUGGUCACCUUCCUGGCUUUACACCCGGAGGUACUACACAAGGUCAGGAGGGAACUACAGGAGCAGGGAUUACUAAACAGCGACGGCACAGAGAUCACACACAUCACCAUGGAACUGCUCGAACAACUGAAAUAUACCGGAAGCGUUAUUAAAGAAACUCUUCGGCUCAGCCCCCCAGUCCCCGGAGGAUUCCGCGUGGCCCUAAAAACCUUCGUGAUAAAUGGAUAUCAGAUACCUAAAGGCUGGAAUGUUAUUUACAGUAUUUGUGACACACAUGACGUAGCAACAAAUUUCUCAAAAAAAGAUGAGUUUAACCCAGAUCGCUUCAUGGAGGGCUGCUCAGAAAAUGAUUCCUGCAGAUUCAGCUACAUUCCUUUUGGAGGCGGCUCCAGGAGUUGUGUGGGCAAAGAGUUUGCCAAGAUUCUCCUCAAGAUCUUCACAGUGGAGCUCGUCAGGGCUUGUGACUGGGAACUUUUAAAUGGGCCUCCUACCAUGAAAACCAAUCCCACCGUGUAUCCAGUGGACAACUUGCCCACGAAAUUCACACCAUUCCCGUACAACAUAUGACCUGUAUUCACAACCCUUGGGAACUCUGUAGAUUAACAUCAAUAACCAGCAUCUAGAUUUGCGUAGAGUCUACAGAUAUUUCAGUGUCAUUUUAGUCAGGAUACCAAUCACAAAAUAGCCUUCAGGAAGACAACUUGUUGGAUUCAUUAAAACAAAAAAGCAGCUUUGAGAUGAUUUUCACAAAAUGUAAUUUUAUCCAGAUUGUGCAGUUGAAAACAUUUCCUACACAAAACAAUUAUAAAUUUUCCUGCCCAGUGACGUGAGUCAAACUGUUUCACGCACUUGUAUUUUAAUUGUUGUUUGUUAAUUCUGUAAAUAAGCUAUUCUGAUUUGUAAUCUCAAACUAUUGCUUUUAGGUUAUGGAUUAUUUAAAUACAUUGUAGUUUUGUAAUGCAACUGCUAAUUUAUGUUGAAUCUUUGAAUGUAAAUAUUAUAAUUUAAAAGAACUGGCAGCCUGACAAACAUUGCAAGUAUAUUUCAAGCACUAUGCCAUGAAUCAAGUGAAUACAUGGUGAGGGAUAAUAGGUGUAUCCAUCCUUUGAAAUUUUUAAAAACAAGACUGCACGCAAUAAAGACUGAGAAACAC